GACUGGAGCAGUUUGUCUGCUGGAAUGCAGCAUGUUCAGUAGAGAGACUCUAUACACUGGAGUAUAAGAUGAGCGGCGUUGGGAAGGAGGCGGUACGGGAGACAGGGACGCGCAUCGUGACACGCGCAACGAUUUUUCCCCACAAGAUGCGGGGAACUGAGAAUGAAGCUUGAUCAAGAAGACUUGUACUGUGAUUUCCCCCCUACACCAUUAGCAUGUCGGAGCGAGGAGCUGUUCAGCGAGCGGGAGUUGCGUCUCCCCACCUGCAGCCCUUCAAAUCGGUCAGCAUUUCAUCAAAUCGCCCGGUUCAGAUGAACCUGUUUGCGACAUGGGAAAUCGACCGCUCGUCUCCCAGCUGUGUUCCAAGACUCCUCAGUUUGACUCUUAAGAAACUGGUGAUGUUAAAGGACCUUGACCAAGACCUCACCUCAGUGGUCAUUGCAGUCAAACUUCAGGGAUCAAAGCGGAUUCUGCGCUCUAAUGAAAUCCUUCUGCCAUCUCCUGGGCUCACAGAGACAGAUUUACAGCUCACUUUCUCCCUUCAGUAUCCACAUUUUUUGAAGAGAGAUGCCAACAGGCUGCAGAUCAUGCUCCAGCGAAGGAAAAGGUACAAGAAUCGUACAAUCCUGGGCUACAAGACACUAGCAGUGGGCCUAAUUAAUAUGGCAGAGGUGAUGCAGCAUCCCACUGAAGGUGCUCAGGUAUUGCGUCUGCAUACUAAAAUAAAGGACAUGGCCGUGCCCGUAGCUGAGAUCAGGGUUUACUCAAUGUCCAGUCAACCUAUAGACCCAGAAGGACCAAAGGCCAAACUGUCUGAUCGAUCCCCUGAUAUUGAUAACUACUCUGAGGAGGAGGAAGAGAGCUACUCAUCUGAGCAGGACGGCAGUGAUGACCCAUUACAUGGACAGUACCUUUAUGACGAUGAGGAUGAAGUAAGGAAGAAGAAGCCACGUCGUAAACUUACCUCUGCUGCUUCCAUUACAAGAGCUAAUCAGCCUAACAUCAAGCAGAAAUUUGUGGCACUGCUGAAAAGGUUCAAGGUUUCUGAUGAGGUGGGAUUUGGCCUGGACCAUGUGUCUCAGGAGCAGAUUCGUGAUGUAGAGGAAGACCUGGAUGAGCUGUACAACAGUCUGGAGAUGUACAACCCCAGUGACAGUGGACCAGACAUGGAGGAGACCGACAGUGUCCUCAGCAUGCCCAAGCCCAAACUCCCGCCAUUCUUCGAAGCUAUGUCUCAAUCCAGCUCUCACAAUGAGUUUGGCAGUCUGAACAGCAGAUGUUCUCUAGGCAGAGACACACUGAAUCCCCAGGGGGAACAGACUGCAUCAAGUAAAAUUCAGCGCUCCAGUAGUGCACACCUGGAUGACGCCUUCUCUGAAACAGACACAGUGGAGCUGAAUGAGGUGGAGGUUUUGAGCGAUGGAACCCCCAGCAUCACUGUUUCUGUGGCAGAGAGACCACGAACCCCACAGAGGAGCAGCAGCCAGACCAUGCCCUCCCCAAGGUUAGAUGGUGGUCACACUCCUAAGCAUAAGCGAGGAACACCCAUGAAAGAGAGGCAGCUGUCUAAACCUCUCAGCGAGCGGACGAACAGCUCAGACAGUGAGCGCUCACCUGAGCUCAGCCUCACUCCACAGAUGCCAAGGAAGAUAGUGUAUGACCAGCUGAACCAGAUCCUGGUGUCUGACACGACCCUGCCCGACAGUCUCAUCCUCAUUAAUAGCAGUGACUGGCAAGGACAGUAUGUGGCAGACUCCCUGCAGGCACAGAAGCAUCCAGUGGUGUGUACCUGCUCAGUGUCCGAGAUUCAGGCUGUGCUCUCAGCUCUGCUCACUCGUAUUCAGAAGUUCUGUAAUUGUAACUCUGUCACACCUAAACCUGUGAAAGUGGUGGCUGUGGGAGGGCACAACUAUCUGGGAGCCAUCUUGCGUUUCUUCGUAUCUCAGCUAGCCAACAAGACAUCUGAUUGGCUUGGGCAUUUAAAGUUUCUGGUGGUUCCACUAGGUUCUCACCCAGUGGCUAAGUACCUCGGCUCCCUAGAUAACCGCUACCGUUCAGCUUUCCUUGACAGUGCGUGGCGGGAGUUCUUCAGUCGUACAGAUCCUCCUCAACCUGGUUUAUCAUCUGCAGAGGGUGUGGACGUGGCCGGACGUAUCGGUCAGUAUAUUGAUGGAGCCAUAGUCACUCAUCAGCUGCCUAUCGCUGAGGCUAUGCUUACCUGCAAGCACAAAAUGCAAGAAGAUGAUUCCUUUCAAAAUUUUGUCCCCUUUGUGGGUGUGGUUAAAGUCGGUUUGAUUGAGCCCAUGUUUGGAUUGACAGUAGGUGGAGACUGUGAAGAGGGAGUGGCUUUGAGUCUGAUAGUUCCUUCGACCUCUCCUCCUGCUCAUGCAAUGUCCACUGGGAUGAUGAAAGAAUUUGCCACCCCUCCUCCUUCACCAUCUCUCAGUGGUGUUCAUGGGAGUCCCAACAUGUCUCAUGGAACAGACACCAUAGGGCUACAGGUGGAUUACUGGGUGGCUGAAAAGCGUAAAGAUGGUGAGAGGAGGGACACCAAGAACACCCUUAAGAGUGCUUUCAGAUCCUUGCAGGUCAGCCGACUGCCCAAUUCGUCCAUUGGCGAGCUCCAGCCCAGCUCCUGCACCAUGGCCAUGACUGUGGUCACCAAGGAGAAGAACAAGAAAGUCCCUACUAUUUUUCUGGGGAAGAAGCCAAAGGAGAGGGACACCGAAUCCAAGAGCCAGGUGAUCGAGGGGAUCACCAGACUCAUCUGUUCUGCUAAGCAUCAGCAAACAAGUCUUAGAGUGUCUGUUGAUGGGAUGGAGUGGAAUGAUGUCAAGUUUUUUCAGCUGGCACCCCAGUGGCCCACUCAUGUGAAAUAUCUGCCAGUUGGUCUGUUCAGCUACAGUAAAAUUGCCUCCUAAUGGUGUUUUACCUGAAGAAAACCGCAGGAGCUUUCAUUUCCAAACACUCUUCCAGGCAAUAUACAUGGACAAUUUUUUUUCCCCCUUUUUUUUUCUUUUGGAUGUUGGGGUAUGUUUGUUUUUUUUAACCUACAUCUGAAGGAUUUGUUAAGGAAAAGCAAUUAUAGUGUUCUGAGACCAAGAAUGGGUCUACUCCAAAGGUAAUAUUCUUGUGUGCUGUUAUUUUCUGCUGUGCCGUGCAGUUAACAAUGCAAUAACCUCCAUGUACUGUAUGGUUGUGCAAUUAUUUUGUCACCUUUAAAUAUUAGUGAUUUUAAGAAUAUUAGUGAUUUAAGAAUAUAUUGUUUUCACUUGUUCUGAAAUUUAGUGAUCAUGCUCAGCAUUUGUGGUUAUUUUAUAUCAAAGUAUACGUGAGUAUAUUAAUAUAUAUGCAUAGUAUAAGAGUAAUUUUGCAAUAUUAUAGAUAUCUGAUGCUUCUCAAAUAUUUUGUAAAAAUGGGUAAAACAUAUUUUAUCACAAAAUAGUAUUAUAUGUUGAAAAUAGGCCAUAAGUUAUUAUACUUUGCAUGUGUGUGUGUGUGUGUGAAAGAGUGCAAAGGAAAUGAAGAUAUUAAUUGUGUACAAUGUACAUUGACUUGGUGAUCUUUCAGGACGGUUGGACCUGGCUGCUUUCAUUCCUUCUGUGAUGUUGAUUAUAGAUGUUCUUUGUACAGUAAAAAAUUAUAUCUAAAUGUGAAAGGUCAGUUUGUAGCCUACCCCAACACAUUACUAAUGUGACGAUUCAGGAUUGAAGAUGAAAUCUACACACAGCCUACAAAACCCAUCAAGAACUUACAUCCAGGUGUCAAAAAUGUGUAGUGAACCCUUGUUGCCUUUGAUAUAUAUUGUUGUAUGCAAAUAAAUAUUUUGCAUGCAGUAAUUUUGUAAUAUUCUGGUGUAGUGGUUGGUAUGUAUUCAUAAGUCUUUAUAAUUUAAAAUGAUCUUUUCACAUUUACACCUAUCAUGUGCACUGAAAAUAAAUGCAUCCUACCUGG